AGAGAUGCAUUAGAUAUGCGUGAAUUGACUAUUAGUAUUUAUUCGAACGCGCAUCUGGUUGACAUGGAAACAUCCUUGACACUUGUACUAUAUCCAUCAUUUCAUACAUUAAGGGUUGCACUAUGCGUCUUUCAGAAAGCCAUAACAGAUAUAUGAUAUCAUUAAAAGCUGCUAAUCUGCCAGGUAAAACACAGGUGACGCUACAUGCUCUCAUACAAUAGACUAAUCACAUUGUAUUGAUCAGCGUACCUUUGACUCAUUUUACCUGCGCCGACAGCCAAUAUUGUUUCAGUUAUUCAGCAUGUAUACGCUAUGACUCUACGCUAAGGAAACGUGAUCCGGCAUGAUUUGAAGCCUGGCACAGCAUACUAGAGGAAGAAGUGGGUCAAACGGGGACGGGAUUGCGUCUUACGUUAAGAUUUUUCUGUUGUUGGUUCGAUUACUGGACGUAAAUAGCAAAUAGAACGGUUAUUGCACCGUUGAAGACGAAGCGUCUCGCCAGAGUUGAAUUAUCUAAACGAUAGGCCUUCGAGUCUAGCGAAUAUUACACAGAGAUCAGCUGACAGGUACUGUAACCUUCAAGUACCAAGAAUCGUAAACUACCAUUUAGGAAGGCCAUGUAUUCAGCAUCACACUGACUGGCCAUGGCUCGUUCUGGUCGUGUUGGAUGGACAUGGGUGAUCUUGACCACUGCCUGGAUAGUACUGUCUUACCUGACACCUCCAGUCGUGCCUCAGUGCCCGACUGGUUAUUUUGGCGUCAACUGCUCCCUGCCCUGCCGCUGUCAGUUCCCAGAGAAAUGCAGGGAUGAUGGCUGUUCGUCAGACUUCAAGUGUGAGCGAGGAUACGGAGACCCUCCAACUUGUCAGACACCUUGUACCCGUGUGACAUUUGGCGUGAACUGUGCCUCCGAGUGUCACUGUCCCCCCAUGGACACAUGCGACCCAGUCAGUGGAGUGUGCGCCUCGGGUCACUGUGCCAUUGAGUACUUCGGGUCCAGCUGUCAAACAAAGCUGCCUCGGCUUGUGACACCUCCCCUACUGUCCAAUGUCAUAUGCAACAAUGUGACACUGGUGUGGGACAAGUGGGACCCAGACGUGGACUGGGGUGACCCGCCCGUGGGGUCAUACACAGUACAAUACCAAUCCAACGGCACUGCAACUUGGGUUGAAUUUCAGCUCGUCAGCAACGUUGUUGACGUAAACGUGACGUCAUUUACCGUGACGGUGACGGACCUGCAGGUCGAAGUAGCCUACAGAUUUCGCAUUAUUUCGAACAGGGUAGACAACGGGAAAAAGGUUGACGGGUUGGCCAGUCCUUCUACGUCUUAUGUCACACCUUGCUCGGCAACAACCACGGCGCCAACAACGACAACAACCACGCCUACGACUACAACAGAAAUGACAACAUCAGAAGGGACCACAACAACAGAAGCAACAACAACGAUGCAAGCAACAACAACGGAAAGAGAAACAACAACAACGGAAGUACCAACUACGUCAACGGAGCAUAUUACAACUACCACAACAACAGAGCAGACGACAACAACACAGAUGCCAGUUCCCCAACCUGUGACUUCUCUCCAAGCCACGGCGGUGUCCUCGGACAGCGUCCUGGUGAACUGGUCAGCUCCCUCCAGUGCCUUCCUCGUGGAGAGUUACAGGAUUUCAUACCAGAUAAGCGGAUACGGCAACUGCACGGAGUCUCCCACCACCAACGCCCCACCAGAGACGGUCACUGUAUCAGCGCCCACUACGUCAUACCGUAUCCAAGGACUGGCCACGUGGACAGCGUACAGGAUAGUGGUCACAUCGGCAAACAGGAUAGGGACUAGCGUUGACCGGAUAGUAAGCGUCGUGACCUCAGCAAACGUUCCCGUCACCGAAGUCCAAGGUCUUACGUCAUCCGACACCCAUCCAACCUCGGUUACGAUACAAUGGGCCUCUCCGGCCUGCCGAUACUUCUUGGGGUAUGUCCAGCAAUACAAGCUAUCCCUCUACAGCCAAAUGAACCUGAUACGCUCCGUAAACGUCACUUUGACGUCAUUCACGGUGGAGGGAUUAGAGCCUUAUACCACGUAUGCGGCUAGGGUGGCCUUGAUGAACGAAGUGGGAGUAGGUCCGUUGAACGAGCGGUAUAAUUUUUCUACUUCAGAGGAUGUGCCAUCAUCACCUCGGAACCUCGCCUUGCAAGCAGCCGGCAACACAUCUCUGCUGAUAGCCUGGCAGGCACCACAGUCCCCUAACGGGAUAUUACUACAGUACAGAGUGACCUACAGGGCCACAUCUGACAGGUCUGGGGCUCUGACCACCAGGUUGUUGGCACCACAGGGGCAGACUAACCAGGCCGAGUUAUUAAACCUGAAUCCGUAUACCGUGUAUAACAUAUCGGUGGCAGCACGGACGUCUUUAGGCUGGGGCCCUGAAAGUGCACAUUUAUCAGCACGCACAGAUGAGAGCGUUCCGUCCUCGCCCGUGUCACUUGUUCUCAUCUCCCGCAAUGAGUCUUGCCUCACGGUGAACUGGGGAGCGCCUGCGGUGCCGAACGGGAUGAUUCUUACAUACAGGAUACAUUACCAACAAGGCCUAUCCUAUAGCACAGGCCAGGAGCAGAUUCCAGAGACAGGCACCCUAGAGGUUCCUGCCAACAGGUCAUCGCACACGUUAUGCCUGCUACGCCUUAGUACCCAGUAUGAGAUCACCGUGUCUGCGGCCACCAGCAAGGGCUUUGGCCAGGGAUUGACCAAGACCUUCAUGACAAUCAUAGGCGAUCCAUCUGCCCCCACCAUCCCAAUAGUCCAGUCCUACACCACUUCAACAAUCACCGUGUUACUGCAACCUGUUAUCCUUACGACUGGCCCGCUCUCGUAUUACCUCGUAUCCGUACUGAGGCUCCAGGGGAACGUCGGGCGACGGCGGCGACGAAGGGCGUUAGGGCUGAACGACCUGCCUGGGAAUAUAGUGGCCCGGUUUGAACCAAAUAAUUUGGAAACCACUUUUACGGUCGGAGACAAUGCAACAAAUGGUGGAUAUGCUAACCCGUCGCUGAAGGCCAGUACGAUUUAUAACGUGUAUUUUGCGGUGGUGAGUUCCUUGGACGGUGUGACCAAGAUAGCCUAUUCUGACUUGGAAGCACCUGUUUUGACCUUGUCAGACGCGCCGACAACAACUUUGGCUGUAUCAACUACUCCGACUACUACAGCUACCACACCGGUGACUACAACAACAACAACAACAACAACAACAACAACGCCAAUAACCACGACAGCAAAUGUCGUAACUACAGAGGGAGUUGCCACAGCUCCCACAGGUCUGGCGGCUCCCACAGUGACUGCCAACGACAUCAGUCUGACGUGGAACGACGUCCCCGGGGCCACUGAGUACGAGCUGUGGUACAAUUCUACUGCAGAACCUGGAGUGGUCUACAAUAAAUCUGUUCCUGUCGGAGGAUCGUUUCUGUUAACUGGCCUGCUUCCUUACACCACUUACACGUUGAUGCUUCGAGCUAGAACAAACGCUGGCUUGGGUCCCUUUUCCAUCCUCACCAAGGUGACAGACGAGGACGUGCCAUCCAAGCCAGGCCCUCUUUCCCGCCAGAACAGAAAUGAGACAUGUCUAUGGCUAAAGUGGCAACCACCAGGUUCGCCGAAUGGAAUUAUAACAUCUUAUAGACUUACCUACAAGGCAACUCGAUUCUUCAGCAACGUGGGAUCAGUACAGGAAGAAUCAGUAGAAGUACCCGGGGCUAUGACAACACGUGCCAUAUGCAGUCUUGUCAUGGCCGCUGCCUACGAAAUAACCCUUAAAGCCCGCACCAGCAAGGGUUACGGUGCCGGUGUUGGAGAAACCUUUUACACCCUAAUCGGCGACCCUGAAGCCCCGAGUCCUCCGGAGGUUGUGUCUACGGAAGAAACGUCGAUGAUUGUGACUCUUAAACCGGUUCUUAUAACCACCGGACCGUUGUCUCAUUACCUUGUGAAAGUAGAAAAGCUUGCGGGCCGCCGUAAAAAGAGAGCAACCGUCGAGGACAUCCCAGGAAACAGUGUGGUUAAAAUAGAGACAAUAGAUUUUGCAGGAAAGUCAGAAAUAAAUUUCAAGAUUGGAUCGGGGACUGUCAGAAAUGGGUAUAACAACAGCGUGCUAGAACCUGGGGCUCGCUAUAACGUGAGGUUCGUAGUUGUUAGCAUCCUAGAUGGAGCAACCAAGGCUUCUUUUGCUGCCUUGAGCGAGCCCGUGACAACGAAAGGAAGCAUUUCCACAGGGCAGAGUGGCAGCGGUGGUGAUGGCGGUGUGGUGGUGUACGUGGUUGUGGCUAUUUUAGCUGUCCUGGUUCUUAUUGUAGCCAUGAUAAUUGCCUUGUGGUGGUUCCGUAAACAAAGAAAUGCCAAGAAAAAGUACGAACCAGAAUGGGUUGGUUACUAUAAGAACAACUUCAUGGGGGAAGAAAAGGUGUAUGGUAUAUGGAACGAAACUUUCGAUCUCGAGGAGUCUAGAUAUGUUUUAAUGACUAAAGAAAACCCUGCUGAUAUCAGCAUCGGUCGUUUACGUGACCGACCGCCAAUUUCCAUAGAGCAAGAGUACUAUAAGCUACCACAGGGGCAGCAGUUUCCGUGUCACACGGCUGAACGUCCAGAGAACAUAAACAAGAACCAUUGCAGCAAGAUCCUUGCAUAUGAGCACAGCAGAGUUGUGCUUAGAGACGUAGAGAGUGGUAUUACAGAUUAUAUCAAUGCCAAUUUCAUUGAUGGGUACAAAAAGAGAAAAGCGUUCAUAGCGGCACAGAGUCCAUUUACUGAUGAAACAGUGGUGGAUUUCUGGCGCAUGAUAUUGCAAGAGAAUAAGACGGGGUGCCAAAGUGCGAGCAAUAUUGGCCAAAUGAAGGAAAUCUCAAGUACGGAAAGAUACACGUUCGAAUAG